CCCCAGUUGCCUUGUUUUCGAAGAGAGCGGCGAUCCAAAGGCAGCCUGGCGGAGAGUCGCGUUCCUGGAGACGGCGAGGCGUCCCCGAGGGCUUCGUCCCUUUUUGCUCCGGGAUGGGUGUCUCCACGCGCGCCCCCUUUGCCCCGAGGGCGAUCCCGGCGUCGCCUCUGCCCUGCCAGCUGAACAGCUCCUAGGCGAAGAGGGCAGCCUGGAGGGAAGGAAGGGGAAGCCCCGAAACUGGAGCCAGAGCUCGGGGAAGGGGAAGCGGGGAGGAUGGACGCGCGCUGGAUCUCGGCGUAGGAGCCCUUUAGAAACAACAACAACCACCACAACUGGUUUUUACAUCCUUCGUCCCCGUUCUUUCCUCGAGGCACCCACCGCCCUCCUUCCCUUCGUCGGAAAAGCCCUGCUCGGUUGCGAGGAAGGCAGGAAACCAUGAUCGCGUGAGCGGGGGAGAGACGUGCGGCGACCAGUGGGCACCAAUUGAUUGAUCUUAAGGUCUGAGUAAAGAACAAAGUUGACCCCACAAACCCAACAUCUUCCUACUACUACACACAUCAGGAGCAACUCAAAUGCCCUUAGUAUUCAUUUGUCAUCUUAAAGAGAAAGCAAGCUAAUGUGCUGGAAGGAGACUCAAUGGAGCAGGACGUGGAGAGCCCUGUUACAAUUCAUCCACCAAAGUUGCCAAAACAAGCCAGAGAAGAUCUGCCAAAGCAUUUAAACAAAGAAUGUACCAAGAGAAGAAUCCAGAGAUACGUUAGGAAGGAUGGAAAGUGCAACGUUCACCAUGGAAAUGUAAGAGAGACUUAUCGUUACCUGACUGAUAUCUUCACUACCUUGGUUGACCUCAAGUGGAGAUUCAACCUUUUAAUAUUUGUCAUGGUUUAUACUGUGACUUGGCUGUUCUUUGGAUUCAUCUGGUGGUUAAUUGCAUACAUCCGAGGAGAUAUGGAGCACAUAGGAGAUAAGAAAUGGACCCCUUGUGUCAGUAACCUCAAUGGGUUUGUCUCAGCCUUUUUAUUCUCCAUAGAGACAGAAACCACCAUUGGAUAUGGCUAUCGGGUCAUCACAGACAAAUGUCCUGAAGGAAUUAUCCUGCUUUUAGUUCAGUCUGUUCUAGGAUCUAUAGUUAAUGCCUUCAUGGUUGGCUGUAUGUUUGUAAAAAUUUCUCAACCCAAGAAGAGGGCUGAAACCUUGGUGUUUUCUACCAAUGCUGUCAUUUCCAUGCGAGAUGGGAAGCUAUGUCUGAUGUUCCGUGUGGGGGAUCUUAGGAAUUCGCACAUUGUGGAAGCAUCAAUACGAGCCAAGUUGAUCAAGUCUAAACAGACAAAAGAGGGAGAAUUUAUACCACUCAAUCAGACAGAUAUCAAUGUGGGUUAUUAUACAGGGGACGAUCGCCUGUUUUUGGUUUCACCACUGAUCAUCAGCCAUGAAAUAAACCAACAGAGUCCUUUCUGGGAGAUUUCCAAAGCCCAAUUGCCCAAAGAAGAAUUAGAAAUAGUUGUAAUCCUAGAAGGAAUGGUGGAAGCAACAGGAAUGACAUGCCAAGCCCGAAGUUCUUACGUUACCAGUGAGAUCUUGUGGGGUUAUCGGUUCACACCUGUCCUCACCUUAGAGGAUGGAUUUUAUGAAGUUGACUACAACAAUUUUCAUGAAACCUAUGAGACCAACACACCACCCUAUAGUGCCAAAGAACUGGCAGAGAAGGCCAGUAAAGCAGAGUUGCCCCUCACAUGGUCUGUGUCCAGUCAAUUAGACCAGCAUGCCGAAGUGGACCCUGAGGAGGAGCCCAAAAGCCAAGAAGAGCAAACAGAAAGAAAUGGCGAUGUGGCCAAUUUAGAGAAUGAGUCCAAAGUUUAAAACUUAGGAGGGGACAGAAAACAGCAAAUCUUCCUUUACAAGGAAAAAGAAGAACUAAAGGUCUGCCUGCCCAAAAGAUAAGCAAAACGUUUUGGCUAAAGCUGCAAUAUCCCUUAUUUUACCAUAUAUACUCUUAUCAUUAUUCUCUCUUUCACCUGGAAAAAAACUCAAGUGUUCUUGUAUUCAGGCAUAUGGUUUAGAGUUUGUUUUUCAGAUUAAGAGCAGAAGUUUAUUAUCCUGGGCCAAAAACAAAUGGAGUGACUAUAAUUAAUGUCCAUUUCCCAAGCUUUAACUUCAGCUUUUUAUAUAUUCCUCCAAGACGGUUUUGAAUGAGAUGCCUGCAUUGCAGCUUUAAGACCCAAAAUGAAGAGAAAUCUUUGCAGUUCAAUGAGAUACUGUACAUAUAUAUGCCUUAUGUAAUUUCUUUUUCUUUAAGUUUAGUAAUAAACCCAGCAUGUACAAAAGUACUGUAGUAAAGGACCUCUAAAUAAUGUAUAUAUAUCUUUAAUUAAUGUAAGUUUAGACCUAUAAUUAGAAAAUAAUAGGAUGCAAAAAAUGAAACACACCAUGAAGAAGGUAUUUCUGUUCUAAUACCGGUUUAUAAGAGUUUGUUUUGCACCCUGCUAGAACUGCCCUGUUUAAUGCAUGUCAAUUUCCUCAUUGUACCAGACUGGCAGCUGUUUAGAGUACCUCAAUGUUUUCUUAAGCGAUGAUUUAGCUAACUCUAAAAGCCAUAGGUCUGGGGGCUGAGGGCAAAGAAAUUACAACGCGAUUCCUGAUAUACUGUGAUACUGUUUACAAAAUGAUCCUGUUCUUUGUCAUGUUACAUGGUGAAACCAUUUAUGGUUUUUUUGGGCUGUACAGUUAGAAUUUUAACUGUGGCUGAUUCUUGCCAAAGGCAAGGAUUUAUUUGUAUGGCAUUUGUCUGUAAGAGGUGUGUGAGUGUGUAUGUUGAGCUAUUACCCUCUAAGUGCAAUACCUUGGGAAACUCUUUGGUUUUCAAAACCAUUCAGUUUAAAAAAAAACCUGUGUAGAUAGGUAGGUAGGUAUGUAGAUAGUUAACCUAUAUAAGCCAUGGAAAUUUUUGAAUGUUAUACAUCAUUCAGAAGAGAACAUAAUCAGCUGAUGUUCUAACUGAAAGAAAACAAUUGAAUUUCAGCUGAACUACAUUAUCAUAAUAGUUGCUUCAUAUGGCUUGAAGACUCUUCCAAAGAGCUGCACCCUUGGCCAAGCCUUAGAAAGAAAUCUCUGAUGAGAUAUCAGCAUGUCAGCCUCUUACACAUGUAGUUUCUGUGAUGUCAGUGAGCACAAUUUGUAGGCCUCAUUCUGCCAUCUUUACUUAUAAUGAGUAGUGCCUUAAGUGCUUUCCAAUGUCACAUUCUCCCAGCAGUUGGCAGCUACCAAUGGGUAGACACUACAUCUAGACUCUGUACCACAUCUUGUAUCCAUAUUGGUACUAUGUUCAGCAUGUUCAAUCUUAACCUUCCAUUGGAACCAACUAACUAAUUAAUCCCAUGCACCAAACCUAUAAAUCAGGGAGGGAGAACUGAUGGCCCUCCAAAUAUUACUGGCUUGUAACCAUUGGUUAUGCCAACAAAUGUUGAUGGGAGUUGUAGUACAACAACAUCUGGAGGACUACAUAUACCCCACUCCUGCUGUAAAGAGUGAUAACCAACAUUAAAUAGUCAUCAUAACAACUAUCAGAUUUUUGUCACCACAUACAAAAAAAUAUCCAUUGCUAUUAAACUUAGUUCCAUUCAUCACUUGAUAUUAUUUCAGGAUAAUGUAUGUUUUUUUUAGAGUGGUUUAUUGGUUUUAUCACCAGACUAGGGCUCUGGAGAACAAGGUUCAAAUUCCUGCUGAGCCAUGGGAACCCAUUGGGUGAUCUUGGGCAAGUCAAACUCUCUCAGCCCCAGAGGAACAUAAAAAAAAUCCACUCCAAAAAAAUCUUGCCAAGCAAACUCUAAGGAUCACCAUAGGGUUGACCUGAAGGCACCCAACAACAACUUUGUAUGCUUUCAAAGAUUUCACUUGUACAAAUGUUCAAUACAAUUUAUCAAGGAGCAAUUAAGGAGAUGUAACUCAGUUAGCCUCUCUCACCAAGGAGUAGGAUCUAUCAGCGAAAAAAAGGAGGACUGGUUCUACUUCCCCUCUAGUAUUUCAGACUUAAAAUCUGCUCUAGAAAUGUCCCCAUCCUCCAGAGUAGAAUUGAAGAGCAGCGGGGAGGACUAGAGAUGAAAAGUAUUCUUUCAUGAUUUUGAAUCUCUCCCAAAAGACUUAAACAAAUGCAUAGCAGCUUAUCCAUAUAUUCAUGGAUAUAACGACAACCUACAAAUGUAUUACCAGACUAAGAGACCUCUCAACACAUCUGCAUGUGUUAAUUGAAUCACGGCACAUCCCGUCUUCCCUAGUUCAUUAUUACUGUACUACUGUAGCCCCACCAUCCCAAAUAAAUAUGCAGUAGCAAUAAUAUCAUGUACCAACAUAAUUUGCCUGGUAUCCACCAGGCUUGUUUUCAAUGUAAUAUUUACAGCUUACUUUUCAGUCUUAACCCACAUGGGCAAGUACAUUAUUGCAGGAGAUAAUCUGGAUGAUCAAGAGCACUAGAAUUAUUAUAGAUAAGUGUGUUACAUCAACAUGUAUUCACAGGCAUGUCAGAUAGAACUGAUAUUUUCUAUUAUGUCAGGGAUGUUGUUUAACUGCAGCUCCCAUGAGGGAAGGCUGAUCAUGGAGUCGGAAGAGACCUUGUGUGCCAUCCAGUCCAACCCCUGCCAAGAAGCAGAAAAAUUGCAUUGAAAGCACCCCCAACAGAUGGACAUCCAGCCUCUGUUUAAAAGCCUCCAAAGAAGGAGUUUCCACCACACUCUGAGGCAGAGACUUUCACUGCUGAACAGCUCUUUCUGAUGGGAGUUGCAUUGCAACAAUAUUACAAAGGCCACACAAUUCCCCAUGUGCAUUAUGCUACACAUUGAUGUUAAUCUAAUUCACAUCACUGAUAUCUUGCUUUCACUACAAGCAGUUGUUCAUCCAUCCUCUUUUCUAUCUGAGUUACCAAAUAUAUAUUUAACAGUAAUGUAAUGAUGCAUAUGCUGAUGACCAUGUUGAUGGCAUAAAGAUCACAAAAUGUUUAUAUCUGUGUAAUGCAACAUAACACAACAUAACACAACACAACAUGGCUGGUUCAGGAAGUCUAUGAUUUGAAAUGUGCUACUCUUUUGAUCAGAGAAACAAAAACGCUAGAAGAGUUUAUUUUGUUGUUGUUAAAGAUAGAAAAUAAAUAUCAAGGAGCCCAUAUUAUGUUAUUUCUGGAAAUCUGUCUCAAUGGAAGUAAAGUAGACCAAGUAAACUUGAAAACACCUUUCCUAAAGUAGAUACACUGAAUCUGAUAGUAAUCCAGAGUAAAUUACUGCUCAGAGUAAUGGUGGCAGAAAAAAGGACUACUGUGUACGCAUAAGACAGUUGUAACUCCAUAUAGUGCAAAUGCCCAUUCACACCAAGUAAGACAUUUCCUUCAAGGAGGAAAACAAACUAGUACAGCCUUAAUUUUGUGUUUAUGCCUGCCUAAUCUGGAAAUUUAAAAAAAGUAGAUUGAGAAGAAUUUAAAAUAUUUUUUGUAUAAAAGCAUAUAAAAUCAUAUUUUAAAAGAUAUAACUCAGGAGAAACCUAGUAGGCAGGUAGAAAUUUUGCACUGUGAUAGAUCCUUCACAUUAAUUUCAUCUGUGUGCUGAUUUUUGCUGAGAAGAAUUCCAGUUAUUUCAUGGAAUGAUGAUUAAUCUAUGAUUUACAAUCCCCAGAAGAAGUGCUCACAUCUAGGCUACAUUGUUUUACCACUGAGCUGGGUUUAAAAACCAGCUAUACCCAUCCUACUGGAGACGGGGAAACGAAUUCCCUUUCUCAGUCAUUUUCACAAAGGAAAUAUGGCUUUAACUACCAUGGCAGUUCCCCAAGAAGUGUUUUGGCAUAUUUAUAUACCAGAUUGGCACAUUUCACCAUAAUGGUAUAGAAAUUGCUACUUCCUUUCAUUCUUCACUUUUGAAAUAAAGACAGUUUUCGUUGUAUAUACUGUUAAUAUGUAACUGGAUGCCCUUUGUAUGCUGUCAUGGUGUCUGGUUGUGCCGAUUAAUUAUUUAUGUCCAUGUAGCUCACCCUGACCUCAGUACAAUUCUAGUAGCACUUGGUCAUGUACAACUUAUAGCCCUCAAUGAGGAUGUAUACAGUUUGAGCAUCCCUUACCUGGAAUUCCAAAAUAUUCCAAAAUCCAAAACUGUCCACAUGAGUGUCUGAGAUAGUGACACCUGUACUUUCUGAUGGUUCAGUGUACAUUGUUUCAUGCACAAUAUUAUUAGAAAUAUUGUGUAUAAAUUUACUUUCCAACUGUGUGUAUAAGGUGUAUAUGAAACAAAAAUGAAUUUCAUGUUUAGAUUUGGAUCCCAUAUCAAAGGUAUUUCAUUAUGCACCUAUAUGCCAAUACAAGUAUUCCAAAAUGCAAAAAAUCCAAAAAAAUCCAAAAUACUUCUGAUUCCAAACAUUUCAGAUAAAGGAUUCUCAACCUGUACUCCCAUUUGACACGUCUGUGUUGGGCUCAGUGAGGACUGGAGAAGCAUCCCAAUCACAUCUAUAUCAGCUAUGCAUGUGGCUCUGUCUUGCUGAAUUGGGGCACUCAUCUCUAAAGCUGUGCUUAGGGGCACCAGGGGUUUGCAUGGCAGACAAUGUAAUUGAGUGCAUUUACAGAAAAUGAUGUGUUGUAGCUGCAGCUACAUGCCACACUGCAAGGAGGAGAGGCAGGGAGCAGAAAAUAGGGGGGUGGCUGCAAAGCAGUAAAAUGAGGGCAGUUCCCCUGCCCAUGAAAUGUUCCUUCAGUCCCCAGAUUUUUAGCAUUUGCAAAGAAUGAAACAUUUGAUUUUUUUAAAAAAAAUGCUCAUAUUAGCUGUGUUCACAUUUCCUUGGCUGCUGUACCUUUCCCUUUUCUUUGGAUAUCUGAAUUGUAUUUCUAAACCCCAAUCCAAGUUUUGGUUAAUGCAAUGCUAGGUAUGUAGGGAAUUGAAAGGGAAACCUCACCACCACCCCUCACCUUACUUUGUGGCUACACAUCUGACAGAAGAAAGCAUUUUGCUCUUCUCUUAUAUACUGCUGACCCAUAAUGAUUUAGGAACAAAUAUAUAUAAUAUUUUUUUUGCCCAGAGCUUAUUACAAUGUUACUCAUAGCCCGUCACUUUUUUACUUGUUUAUUUUAGUUAUGAGCAGCAUAAAUAUAAUUGGUUUGCAUAAUGAGUUACAGUUGCUCUUUAUUUUGGAUUUUGCUUUUGGAGGGCAAUUUUGAAUCCUCCCGCCAUCAUUUUUUCUAGAAAUGUUUUUUACUAUAAUCUUACUGAGAUGGGGGUUCUUUUUGUUGUUAUUCUCCAGUAAUUCUAACAUGCAAGUCAUUCCUAAGCAAAAGUGGCAUCUAAUGAGUAACAUUAAUUUUUUGAAUAACGUUUCCUAGCUCUGUUUUUAGAUAGAUUAUCAUGCACUGCUUCAAGAACUGAAAGGAAAGCAUCUCCUUUCAAAUGUCAUAGUAGCAGACAGCUAAUCACAUAUGAGAAGUUAGCCUUUUAACAGAAAGUCUCAGGGGAAGGAUAAGAUGUAGAAGUAAAGAGGAAAGUUGUAGAAAAUUAUGGUUUGGGUAUCACCAGCUUGCUGCACUGUUGCAAAUGCAUGACAAAGUGAAGGAGCCCUCCACACACACACAUGCAAAAAGUCUUAUGUGAGAUCACCAUGUUUUUACUCUUGUAAUAGGGGGGAGGGGCAUUUUUCUAUGAAGGAUCUUGGUAAGUUUGCUAUGGUUUAUUUUAUUUUAUUUUUGAAAGGGUUUCCUAUGUCCUGUGAAAGUGGAGUUGCAGAUCCUUUUAAGCUUUUUGUGUGCCCUUUCAGCACAGGAAAAACAAACCACGUCCUUCUGACACGCAUGCAUGUGUAAGCUGUAACGCUGUGAGUGAGACGGAAAGCUUAAAGUCUCCCUUGAAUUGUUUUUGUUAUUAUCAAUGAAGCAUCUGAUGUAAAGUUUAUGGAACCACAUUUUUGUAAUAUAAGCUUAAAAGACCCAAAGCUUCUGAUGCUUUCAGUAGGGAAGCUUUGUCAACAUUUUGUACUAAGAAUGUCCCACACACUUCUAUUUUUCUACAAUGACUGAUUAAGGAGUUUAACAAUGUAUUUUGUGCCAGUUAUUUCCACUGAAAUGUUGAAAAACAGAAAAGAUUGGAAUGGUGUUAAUUAACAAUGGAUUUUCAAAGCUGAUCAACACUGAGUAGCGUUUUUCAUUCUUUUAUUAUAUGCACUGUGAACUGACAAUGUAUGAUAAUUAACAUUUUUUUUAUUAUUUAUGAAAGUACUUAUAUUUUGCACUUUGAUCUCUCAUUCAUAACCCAAGUAGCUCAUAACUUCGAUUAAAGCAAUAUAAUUGGCCCUCCAUACCCACAGAUCAUUCAUCAAUGGAUUCAACUAUCUAUGGCCUGAAAAUAACAAUGCCCCUUCCCCCUUCUGAAAAAGAAAAUACCCAAGGUUUUGCAUUUUAUAGAAGGGCUACCACGAGAUAUAU